AAACUGAUAAAAUACGAAAAAAACAGAUGCUUUAAUGUCGAAGUACACAGCAGUACAGUACGUUGGGUUGUAAAUUACGUGUGUGGUUGAGUUCGUAACCGCAUUGGCAAUUAUUGUUUUGUUUGGUUUCACACUAGACGACGACAUCGGUUUGGUAACUUUCACUUUAAACAGCAUCUUUGCAAGUUUGGCUCGUAUCAUGGUGUGCUUUUAUAAACGUAAAUUUCAAAAUGAAGUACAAAAUUUUCUAGUUCAUUGCGCGAAUUGUUGACUCGUGUUUACUUAGUUUGCUUAUUUCAAGGAGCACCGUGCUCCUUCGUUUGAGUGAUAAUUAUGUUAGUCGCGAUGACAACAAUGCUCGUGUCCGUAGCUGAACUGUCGAAUGUGUUGUCGGUUUUGGCUAUCUUAGUAUGUUUCUGUGCUAUGUUCCUCUUGAUCAUGAGUCUUUUUUUUAGAAACAUGACGGUCUUCUGGUUACACGGCGAAGAUUUCAUGUUUUCCAGUUCGGUUCAUCACGUUCAACAACGUAUACCUCAAAUGAAAAUGAUGAAAGUUCAUAUACCGUUUACUUUUAAAUUACAAGAAAGCUCGACUGCUUCGUACACAGGUGUCAAAUGUACUAUAUCGAGUCAAGUUCCAUACCGUUUGCAAGCCUUUUGGGGUGUCUCAAUUAGGGAGUUGCAUUUGUUCCUAUGGCGUCCGUGGUCGUGUAUCAGUUCCGCCUUACAACAGGAUAAUCUUUUAUCCGGAUAUUAUCAAUAUAAAGGGCAUUCGUCACUAGAGAAAGAAAGCCAUGCUGAAAAAACCGUGGAAAUGAUCUUACCCGAUGGAUGUCUAGAUCUCGGUACUCCUCCUCGCCUUUACUAUCCAUUAGUCAUUUUACUCAUCAGAGAUAAUCCUAACGUGCUACCCGAUGAGACUGUCGCAUUAGUUAAUGUGGUCCAUAUUAAAGAUAGUGUUUGUACUUUACCAACGAGUAUUCUGGCCCAAUAUUUAAAACAAGCCAACGGACAGUUAUCGUCGCUCAAGCAAUUAUACUUAGCCACCGGUAAUUCGUUAACGUACGAUGAUAACGAGCCUAAAGACAGAGGAGCUGUGAUCAUGGAUAAUAAUCUAGUACCUUGCGAGCAACAGCUGUGCGUCGUUUGCCAGUAUUUCCCGUUGAGUCGGGCUCUAUUACCUUGCAGACACACGUGCAUUUGCGCCUCGUGUUUCGCUAAGCUGGAAAAUUGUCCAAUGUGUCGUAGCCCGAUCAAGAGCUACUUUUGCGUACGAGGCGAAGAGUACUUGACCGAUUGCAGUAACGAAAAAACCGUUCCUUCGAAGCCGGAAAGAUUGAGCCAAUGGGUACAAGAAAACAUAACAGAUUUAUUCGGAUUCCAUCGGUAGGAGAAACGAAAAUACUAGAAAUAUGCUGGUAAACCGUGUAAUCAAACAGUAUUGAAGGCUGUAGAAGAUCUUCGAUUUAUGUGAUUUUUCUUUUUCUCUUCUCUUCUCGUAGUUUUUAAGCGCGGAAUAACCAAACGCCUUAAAGAGGUUUAAGCGUCAGUUACCUCGUUACUUUUGUAUGUUAUACUUUUUUUUUUCCUCUUUUACUCUUUCGUUUCGUUUUUUUUUUCAUUUUCCCUUUCUUUCUCUGUUUUUUCUUUUUUGCAAAUUACCUAGUGUGUUUUUAAUUCUUGAGAAAUUUCACGAUUUGUGAAAAUCGUCGGUACCAGACAACAAACGGUUAUUACGUAUGGAAAAUUACUCGCGACUAUCGUGAUUUUGUUUUUAAAGAAAAACAAAAGAAAAGAAAAAAUGCAAGGUAACGAUGGUUACGCGUACUUUUGCUGUGAACAUUUUAUUUUUAGCGUACGAGUUGUAAUAUUUUUAUUAUAGAUUAGGACGAAAUUAAUUUACUUAAUUAGUCGAUUUAUACUAAUUUGUUUGUGUAUAUUUUGACUAGUGUGUAUAUUGUUCGUGGUUAAUCUGUUUAUUUUAUACUAUUAUUUGUGCGAUUUUUCUUUCUAUCUUUCUUUCUUUCUUUCUUUAUUAUUUUUUUUUAUCAUUAUUACGAGCGAUCGUUCGAGCUUAAUCUCGAAUUCUAAUUUAAACACCUUUUGCCUUAUUGUUUGUUUUAAAAGUGAAUUUUGUAUGUAAAUACGUGUCGAAUAAUUUUGUAAUUUCUUUUCUUUUACGUCUCGGUUUCACUGCUAUUUUGUAUUACGCAUUGUAAUUUAGUUUGCAUUUAAAAUUUCGUUUAAAUUUGCAGCGAGUGUUUGGUUGUGUUCAUAUGUUAGGUAGAUUAAUUAUAAAAUUUAGCAUUCACCCAGUGCUAGAAAGAAGUUCUCAAUAAGAAUGGUAAAAUUUUUCCCAAACCUCGCAAAUUUUAUCAUUUCAUUGUGGAAAAUUUCAACGUACAUUCUUUUUUUUUUCUAUUGCGUAUACUACAUCACAUUUUUUUUUGUUUAUAUUAUUUCUCUCUCUCUCUCUUUCUCUCUCUUCAUGUGUUUCCGUAUGUUUAUCAACGUGUAUUGUAUACAUUUUUAUAAAUAUUUCUAAAAAUAAAGUCUUUUGAAAGCAAA